UUUAGAGGUGGUGCAGCAAGAAAUUGCAUGGUUCAUGCAGUUUGUUCAACAAUUGACAAAGAAUGGUUCUAGGGCUUUAGCUGAAGAUUAUGAUGUUAUCCCUUACUUAUGCGACAAGAACAUUGAAACGGAUCUGCCAAAUGAAAUAGGAAUGCAGGAAGUAGAGUUGGCAAGAGAAGCUUAUAUUGCAGCAAUUGCUGCUGCUAAAGAAAAUCAAGAUGAAGCAUCUUUUUCCGAAGCUGCCAAAACAAGAUUAUAUCUGCAGUCACUUGUUCUAAGAACAUAAACAUGGAUUCUAAUUGGGA